CUAAUAUACAAAGUGAAGUAACAAUCGCCAUAAACGAACAUCUUGUGGCCUAGGACUCUUUUACAGUAAUGUUAAAUGGCCCGUGUUAUUUUAGUGUUAAGGUUCGAGAAUGUAGAAGAUGCAGGUAAGCAGUUGUUAAGUUACGUAGAAACUGCUGAGUUAAUCGUCUUAAAGAAAAUUGAAGGAAAUGUAUAUAUUCGUCACGCUUUUUUUGGGUGGAAGAGAAUUUCAUUUAAGUCCGCGACAGGGAUGAAUGUUUACCUUCCUGACAAAGAGUGCAUUGAUAAGCUUCGGAACUAUUUUUCCGUCCGCAGUCACGUAUCGUCACAAAGAAUGGACAAAACACUCGGAAACUGUCUGCCCUUUUAUUCAAUUAUUCAAUCCCGUAGUAUUGAUCGUAUGCGUAAUUCUAAGCUGUCUGUCCCUUUUUUUUUAGCGUGUGAAAAAAAGAAAAUCGCUAGAAAUUUACGGUUAUUCCGAUCGGCGGUGAAAGGGUAGGAAAUUUCUUCAUGACAUGCUUUAAAUACACGAAGCAUCCGAGCGUGGUUUGCUAAUUAGAGUUGGGUCUCUUUUUAUGGUUCAUUUGUUGGUUCCAUUAGACAGAUUUUUUUGUAUAAACCACAUGAUUCAUAACCGGUUUUUGGUUGUGGCUAGGGACUUUUGUAAAAGGGCAACAUGAAUGUUACAGUCUCAAAUCAUAAGACCAAUCUAUACAAAAUUCCUUUUGCAUUAGUCGUCUUUUCUGGCAUAUGCAAAUACGUAGGUAGACUUGUUAGGCAAGCAAUACUUUGGGUCAAGUUCAUCUAACUUGUAUUGGUCAUAGUCAGUAUUUUGUUUCUAGUGUCCUCUUAAAAUUCCCGAAACCCACGCUCAGACGCAAGAUCAUUGUAACAUUCAUAACAAAUAUUCCCCAAAACACAUUAUUCUUCAACCCAUGUACAACCAGAAAGAUACAAAACGAUUUGUGCUACCUCAAAAAUUAAAGAAGUGCAUACUUCAGCAAGUUAUUUUCAGGUUAGUAUGAAGAUUUGUACAAACUGAACUUAGUUUUGAGUUGGCUCAUGAGAGGUCCAAGUUUACCCCUCGAUAUCUAACAUUUAUGUUCUCCCAAAAAUAUUCAUACAUGAUCAAAAGACAAGGUUAAGAGAAUAAACGAAACAUGGGGCUGAAAGGGUUUACCGCAGGUGAGUGCUGUUUCCUUCGUUACAUAAUCAGUUGGGAGAUAUUAGAGAGUGGUGAGCGAUACACCAAAAAUUUUGGGGUCUAGGAAACUUGAUCUGAUGUCAAAAUCUUGUUUUUGUCUGCCUUUAUUUUUGGCUCGGAUGAACUUUUAAGUUUUUAUGGUACAAGUGCCAGCUUUUGCCUUUUAAAGCCGCCCAUGAUAUUAGGUGUCAGAUUUUACUCUUAGUUAUCAGAAAUAUGCCUUGUCUGAAUCACCCAAUAUUUCUAAGAUGUUUAGGUUUUGCAAGGUACAAGUAAUGAUGGCUUAUUUGUUUAGUGUUUGAUUUUCAAAUACUCAUUCAUGAUCACCUUUUGCCAUAUCCUUGAGUGAGAAUGGGUCCAUUUGUUUUCGUGUGCUUUGUUUCACAAGAUGUUGAGAGAGAUGCUAAUACGUACAUGCAUGGCCAGCUACUCGAAAAUUGCUCAAAUUGAUCAUUCUUCUGAACCAGCUAUGACAGAUCAGCAUUAGUGUUCUAGUGCAUAGCCUUGGUUUACAUGUCUGUUAACUAUUGGGAACCUUGAUAUAAUGAAGGGCCUAGGGUCUGGCACAAUAUGUUCACUACUAUGUAGCUUCAUUAUAUAAAGGUUCUUUUCCAUAUAUUUUACUAUUACUGGGGAGAGGAAUUAUUAUCUUUUGUUAUACCAAGGAGUUAGGGAAGAGUGGGUUCCACCUUACGUAUUUUGUUCAUGAGUAUAUUGUCAUAUAAUAUUACUAGCUGUGUUAUUAAGUAACCACUAAUGGCAUGAGUUUGCCACCUUGAAUUUAUUACAAGUUAGUGGAAAACUUGUUUGUGGUUGAAAUAUAUUUCACUCUUACAACAUCCUCUUUAAGGUGAAUGUCUUGUCAAUCUCUGAAAUGUGAGUUCAAAAGAUAACUUGAUAUUGGCUGUUUUUAUACUGUAAGGAUGGGUGAUCCAUCUGGACGAACUUGGGCAAACAUUUUGCAGUUCAUCUUGUUAUGUGUGUCUAGUAUAUAUAAAGAUGGGCACAAGAAACAUUAUGCAUCCAGACGAACUACCUGUCGUAGUGCAUUGUUCAAGACAUAUUUCGAAGGAAAGGUGGUCCACAUGCUCAAUGUGUUGUGUGGGCGUCCUUAUACUUAAGACGUGUAACCAGAUAAACUACAAAAUUAAUGUUUGCCAAGGUUCGUCCAGAUGGAUAAUGCGUCCUUGGUCUAAAAACGGUGAUUAGCUCAGUCCUUUUUUUGCCUUGUUAUGGAUCGUAACCUUGUCUUAGUUUAUAAAAAAACGACAUCUUGUCAUUUUGUCUCUACCAAUGAGCCUCAAUAAAGAAAGUUAUUAUAUGGCCUAAAUUAUUAGCAGGACCUAUAAAGCAGCCAAUCUCAAAGGUCCAUCGUUCCCUUUCAUGCAGGUAGCCACUCAAAAUUCUGAAUUUCCUUCAUCUUUCCUACCCUCAGAGAGAGGGCCAUUGUAAGAAUAGGGUUAUUUAACAGCCAUUAUAAAGUAAUCAGAAAGUUUCAUUUGGAGAAAUUUAUUUGUUGCAGUUUUCACCAUGGAGACGAGCAGACUUGGCGGCAUACCUCAUGGUGAAAUGAGCAAAGAAGCACAGACGGCAAUGUGGCAUCAACAAUACCACCAUCAUGAUUCCGGUAUCAUGUCCGGUGCAACUACCACCACGCACUCAAUCAAAGGUGAUGAUGAUGACGACUACAUGAAGACCACACAAAUGACAUUUGAGUGGGAGCAAGGCUUUUCGGAUCAGGAUAUGCAUGCUAUGAAUGAGCAGUUUGUUUCCACAAGAAGGUAUGUGCAACUUGCGUCUCAUGAAAAGUAUUUUAGUGGGGUCUGACUUUUUUUGCCUGGUCAAAAAUAUUGUUUCUGCAAAUAGUUUCUGGGCUGUUAAACCUACUGUACUUUUGUAAGCAACUUAAAGUUUGUCUUGAUAUAUAAUAUUACAUCCCUUCAAUUCAAAGACGUAUGUUUUUCAUUGCAUUCAGACUGUUCAUUUUCCAUAUAUUUACAUCCUUUGUUUUUUUGUUUUUGGAAACAGCCAGCGUAUCCGACAAGCUAUGUUUCCCGAGACUCUUGAAGAAGGAGCACAUAUUCCAUCCACACAGUUUGACUCUGCUUCUUCGACUGCUGUACAGCGACUUGCAGAGCCAUCGCUAAUGUUAAAGCAAGCUGUUGUAAACCUCAUCAAUUAUCAGGUACAUUGUAUUAUUAACUUCAUGACUGAGGGGUUAUGUCAUAAUGACCUAGCCUCACCUUUGUGGUCAAAGCUGAGCUCAGAUUAAAACUCUUUGUCAUCUUUUUUCAUUCUUGGAACUCUGAAAGAAAGAAAAACAAAGUACGUUUGGUUUUGUUUAUAUUUUGGCACUAUAAGAGUUAUUAACCAAGCUGCAUCAUUUUCCAUACUAGCCAUUGAGAACUGGAAACAUAUGUCAAUAUAGUCUGGUUACACAGUUGAACUCCGUAGGGAAACAAAAAACAGUUUGAGUUAGCGGGGAAUUCAAGUUAUCAGGGUAAAUUUCAGUGAAAAUUUGAUAAAGGGAAAGGAAAUUUAGUUUGAGCUAGUGAGGAAAUCGAGUACUGAGUUUGGUUAUUGAGUUUCUAGUUUACUAGUAGAAUAAACACGAAUAAACUGAAUCACCAGUUGAGGUUUUCUUCUAAUGUGUUUUCAGGUUUCCGAAGCAAUACUGAAAAUUUUGACGUGGCUUAUUCAACAUUGACCACUCCAGAAAUACUAUAACAUACCAUAAUGCUAUUUGUUUGUCACCCCAAAAUUUGCAUAAGCAUUGUCUUCAGUUUCUCUUGGGAGUUAAAAUGGCCUCAAGAGAAACUGAAAACAAUGCUUAUGCAAAAUUUUGGGGUGACAAAGAAAGAGCAUUAUGGUAUGUUAUGGUAUUUUCUGGAGUGGUCAAUUGUGGAAAUGUUUAAAUUAUUUUUCUCUCCAAGACAAGACAAAGAUCUCAGACAAAUUUAAGCUAAGCAGUUUCUUUUUAUACCUUGUAGGAUGAUGCUGAUCUUGCCACCCGCGCCAUUCCCGAACUGACCAAGCUGUUGAAUGAUGAAGACCAGGUAAGUAACUCAGUGAUGUGACGACAUUUUGUUCAAGGCACCGCAAACAGCAUGUUGUAAAGUCAGCAUUGGAAAUAGGUUCAGCUGUAGUUUUUAAAUCAACUGUACCCUCCAUUAGACAAAUAGGCGACAAUUUUCCAUGGUUUAUAGGUCUUAUAGGCCAUAGUAACAGAGUUGGGAAUCGAGAUAUUAUGAAUCACUUGAUAAGAAUUUUGUUUAAUUUUCACUUGCGUGCAAGCAAAUGAAUAUAAUCUUUUCAGCUUUUUGAUGGUGGGCCACUUUUAUCAGUGAUAACAUGAUUUUUAUAAACAGAACAAACCCUUACAAUCCAAUAUAGAGAAUUAAGGACUGUCAUUUUGCCGUGUUUUAGAGCAUGACAAAAACAAACAAAAUGUAUCAAAAAAGGGUCACCCUUUAAUAUUAUAAUAUAAUAUUAAAGGGUGAUAAUGCACAAAUAUUAUGUGCAUUAUGAGUUCAUAAAAAUUAAAAGACAAUACAUAAGUCUUAAUAUUAAAUUUUUUUUGUCAAGAAGAUUUUAUUUUUUCACAAAUAUCUGUGUUUUAGGUUGUUGUUGGACAAGCUGCCAUGAUGGUUCAUCAGCUGUCCAAGAAAGAUGCCAGUCGUCAUGCCAUCAUGAACUCACCGCAGAUGGUCGCUACUCUUGUAAAAGCUCUUAACAACUCCUCUGAUCCCGAGACCACUCGAUGCGCAGCUGGUACAUUGCACAACCUUUCUCAUCACAGGUAUAUCAACUCUUUAUAUGUUGUGGCGCUGAUGAGUUUUGUGACGGUGACAAUUGUUGUGACUUUGGAAGGUGUCCUAAAAGCUUUUUUUUUGUGAAAAUCAGUGAAGUAGUAAAGUCUUGUGUAAUGAAGUAUCGCACAUUUAAACAGUACUGUCACAGUAAAUUCAGUUAUUAAUUUAAAAACUUUGUCUUUUAUUUACAGGCAAGGUUUGUUAUCUAUCUUCAAGUCUGGUGGCAUCCCUGCUCUUGUGAGAAUGCUUGAGUCGCCUGUUGAAGCAGUUGUUUUUUAUGCUAUCACCACAUUACAUAAUCUGCUACUUCAUCAAGAAGGAGCCAAGAUGGCCGUCAGACUAGCAGGAGGUCUUCAGAAAAUGGUGGCAUUGCUUGGACGCACAAAUGUCAAGUUCCUGGCUAUUGUAACAGGUACAAGACCUUGAGGUUGUGUUAUCAUAGAAGUGUUUUUUUCUUUUUUAAUUCGUUUUGUCAGCCUCACUGCAUUUUCAGUUGAAAAUUAGACUAGAAUGAUUACUUCCUGCAAUUUCCGCCGGUAAGCUUAAAUUCAUAGGUUAGAGCUCCUGGGCUCUCUUGAAUUUUUUGUUGAGCACAGGCUUGCUUUCCACUUAAACAAGCGCUGCAACCUAGUGUCCUUUCAUAGUUUCAACUUGGAAAAAGGUAAACUCUUUGUGGUAGACAAAUAACUAUCCUUAUAAAGUGAAAUGUGUCUUUUGUUAAAUGCAGACUGUCUCCAUGUGCUGGCUUAUGGUAACAAGGAAAGUAAACUGAUUAUCCUGGCAUCUGGAGGUCCAGCUGAGCUUGUGCGCAUCAUGAGAAGUUAUACCUACGAGAAACUCCUCUUCACAACCAGUCGUGUGCUUAAAGUUCUGUCUGUGGAUACUGACAACAAGCAAGCUAUUGUAGAGGUAAUUAAUAGUAGUUUUUUUCAGCUUUGUUUUUUGUUUUAUUUACUUGCUGCAAUAAUAUUUUCAAGGUUUUUUAUUCAAUCUGGAAAGAACGCUUUUGCACAGUUCCAGGAACAUGUUUAUCUCUUGUUUUUACCCUCAUGUUACUAACUAUUUAUUCAGGGUGACGGAAGAAGAAAUUAAGAAUGCACACCCUGAGCACAAAAACUGACUGGUUGAAUUUAUGUGAUCUGUGGAUGCAACCAACUUCAUAAUGAGUUGUGACAGCUUUGGAAAGUAACACAAGUAACAGGGCUCUCAUUAAAAUUUUAAGUUGCCGGGCUAAUGAUACAAACUCAGGCGGGGAAUCCAACAGUUGGGGAUUUUGUUUGGUUCUGUUUUUCUACUCUUUUCCUUCAAAAGUAAUGAUGGUCACAUUCAUAAUAGGCGGGAAAAAUCCCCAACCCUUAAUAGGGAGCUUUAGCAACGGUGACGGCAACAGCAGCAAGAACUUCAAAAAAGCAAUAUGUUUGUGAAGCAAAACAAUACAUUUGCACGUGCAUCACACUUUUUUGUACAUUUCUUUGCCUUCUCGGCACGACUGCAAUGUGAAAAUGCAUAAUUUCACGUUAUGGAAGAAUUUUUCUUUCUCUUUCUAAACUUCGGUGCGGUCCCCAAGCAAUCAACUCCAGGGAAAUUCGCCCACUCUCGACAUUUCAAGCGAGCUGGAAUAAACGCGGACAAGUUUGAAAAAACGCGAAUUCAUUUUUAAAGUGACCUUUUCCCUGCCGUAGCCAUCGUUGGUGCUAAAGCUCUCUAAUGGCAGCCCUGAAGGAAAGUUGUUCCUGUGAUUGGUAACUUAAUGAUGUGGUACAUACUUAGUGAUGUUGAAGUUAAUGUUGCCUAUAUUUUACUCAGGCUGGAGGUAUGCAAGCCCUUGCUAUGCAUCUUGGGCACCAGAGUAACAGGCUCGUCCAGAACUGCUUGUGGACACUUCGCAACCUUUCAGAUGCCGCUACCAAAGAAGAUGGACUUGACAACUUACUUCAGAUGUUGGUACAGCUGCUGUCGUCCAAUGAUAUUCAAGUCGUGACAUGCGCAGCUGGUGUCUUGUCCAACCUGACAUGCAAUAACCCCAAUAACAAACAGCUUGUGUACAGGUUUGGUGGAAUUGAAGCCCUGGUGAGGACGUGCAUGCAGGCUGGAGACAGAGAGGAGAUCACUGAGCCAGCGGUAAGUUAGUUGGCUAUGUCUGCUGUCUUCAUCAUUGGUGGUUAAUUAAGAAUUAUAGUGUUACAAAAGCAGGGAGGGGAAAGCUACGGUUUCCUCUUUUGAAGUCGGUAAAAUGUCAGAAAGGCCCUUCAGGGCAAAGUAUCUCAACUAAUUUUGUCGCUGAUUGUAGUUACAUUUUAGUAGAGGUGGUCUAACACUGUAUGCUCCUUUCAGGUCUGUGCGCUGCGCCAUCUAACCAGCCGUCAUGAGGAUUCUGAAAAAGCCCAGAAUGCAGUUAGGGUUCAUUUUGGCUUGCCAGUCCUUGUAAAACUGCUUUACCCACCGUCCCGUUGGCCGCUCAUCAAGGCUGUUAUUGGUCUCAUGCGAAAUCUUGCCCUUUGCCCUCUCAAUCAUACUCCGAUCCGUGAGCAUGGAGGCUUGCCACAGCUUGUUCAACUUAUGAUGCGUUCUCAUCAAGAUAUGCAGAGAAGACCUGGGCAGAGUGUGGUGAUUGAUGGCGUCAGAAUGGAAGACAUUGUUGAUGGGUGUGUUGGUGCACUCCAUAUUUUAGCACGAGAGGCACACAACAGAGCUGUUAUACGAAGUCUCCAUUGCAUUCCAUUGUUUGUUCAGGUAGUUAAUACAUUUUUUGGCAGGGAUGUACCACUUGUAAAUUUGUAGACAGUUAAGAAUGAGGAUUUUUCAGGGAAUUUGGAGAAUUUCAGUUCCAAAAAUAUGCUGGUGCAUACUUGUAUUUUGAUUUGUUACCUAGGCGAUCUUCAAUUCAUCAAUUUAAAAAAUUAUUAUAUUAUAUACUAGCAUUCUCUGGGUGCAAAGAAAGUCAGGCAGGCUGUAACUAGCAUGUACUAGCCCGAAAUUCAUUUCAACUAGCGUUUAACCAGGAUUACAGUAUUAUUCUUCUGUAAUUUGAAUUCCCGAAAAACCUCACUUGCCCACUGGGAAAGUUAAGAACAGAAUUCACCAGCCCAAUAGCAAAAUCCUCAAGCUUCAUGUAACCGGAGACUGCUUUCUUUCCAUGCUGCAUUUUCUGUCUAUCUAUACUUUAAAAAUUUACCGGGUGGAAAUGCUAAAAUUGGCCUGUGAGUUCUGUUAGCGUGGGUACAUUUUAAAAACAAUGUAAUACGACAAAUUGAUCCUUUCUGUUUUCAGCUUCUAUACUGUCCCAUUGAGAACAUCCAGCGUGUUGCUGCAGGAGUGCUCUGUGAACUAGCCCAGGACAAAGAAGGCGCUGAAGCCAUAGAAGCUGAAAAUGCAACCGCUCCUCUGACCGAUCUGCUUCAUUCAAGAAAUGAGGGUAUCGCUGCUUAUGCUGCUGCGGUGCUUUUCCGUAUGUCUGAAGAUAAGUCACAAGAUUACAAAAAACGGCUGUCAGUGGAGCUGACAAGUUCUCUCUUCCGAGAUGAUGCCCCUUGGCCUGAGGUAAGGGGUGUAUUGUCAGUGGUGAAUGUUGCAGUAUUAAUCCUUUUAGCCCUAAGAGUGAUCAGCAUCAAAUUUCUCCUUGUAAUAUCAAUGCUUUGUAAAACAGAGUGGUCAUGAGAAUUACGGACAUGAUCACACAAGAUAAAUUUGCUUGAUAUUUUAUCAACUUCUCCCCCCCCUACCUCUGUUUGAAAUGAAUACAGGCAACAAAUAAGAAUUCAAAUUUUGAUCUUAGGGUUCAAUGGGUUAAUUGUUUAAGCCCCAACAGUGACCAACAUCAACUUUCUCCUAAUAAUGUCCAUAACAAAAAGCUAAAAAAAUUGUGCCCUCUCUAUCAGAGAGCUAUUUUUCUUAGAGCACAGUCAUGUACACCCUUUUUGAAUAUAGUUCUUGUCCAAUGAAUGCUAAAGAAAUCCCUUAGACUUGAGAGGUUUUUUUUGUUUUCUUUCUUCAGCCAAUGGAUGGAGACUUCCAUGACCCAAAUUACAAUAUGCCGCCUAUAGGCUAUGGUUAUCCUCACGAUGGCUUUGACUACAAUCAGCCAAUGGAUUAUUCUCACGACCCAGGUUACGACUUCCACCAAGGGGACCCUGCCUUGCAACCUCUUGCACACCCCCCUCCUCGAGGGGGAACCUGGUAUGACACAGAUUUGUGAAGUUGAAGAUGUAAACCUUCUGUGAAAGGUUUUUUUGAACUUUUGAUUUUAUUACCAUGAGGAAGACCAGAACAGUGAGCUGUAGUGCUACAUAGAGCAAGAAUUACUAGAGAAAGAAUUGUUUGCAGUGCAGUAUUGCCAUUUCAGGAUUUCUGAUCAAGACCUUUAUCUUGUUAUUUGCAAGCUGUGUUGUAUUCAUUGUCAAUGUCGGUAGCAUUCCCAGUUUAUAACGUUAAGUUCUAUAAAACAGGCUUUCUAAUUCUCUUUCCAAAUGGUCUUGGGAUUGAGAGACCUUUGUGAAAACGUUCAUCCUUUUACUUUCUUCUUUCACAGUUCUAUGUACAUUUGAAUAGUUCUUAGUAGUUUGAAGAGUCCAGAAACUUCGAUGAAAAAUUUCUAAAACUUAACUGUUCCCUCUUUGGGAGGGAUGUAAAAUUUGAAGUGGCUGGUGUGUGCAGUCUGAACCUUGUGUUGGCAUUUUUUCUUAUUCCAUUUUGUCUACAAGUCAUGUAUUUUUAAAUGUUUCAAGUUUGAUUCUAAAAGGAACAAAGCAUUCUCCCUGAAUUUGUUUUAUUUAUGUUUAUUUGCAACACAGCAAGUGUUGUUUUCAUCAAAAGGCAGUACUCUGAGACUUUAUGGUGAACGAAAUAACUGUUGCAUAGGAGCCAAGGUUACUGACUUUGGAACAUUCUGAUUUAAACCUUUGGCUUUGUUAAACAGAAAACCUUUCCUGAGUUAUUUAGUUCCCAGGCUUCACUCCUAUUUUAAAUCCUAGUUCCCAGAGCCUUUUCAACAAAAUGCAUAUUGAGGUAGAGGAUGGGAGAGGGGAGCCUGGGUAUUUUGUACAAAAAAAUCAAGUCAUCUGUAUAUUUUGUUAAAUACUUUGUUUUUCAAUCAGAACCUUUGCACCAAUUUACA